GGCACCUCGUAUGUGGGCACACCUGUGUCUGGCUGUCCCUGCUGCUCACUGCUGUGCCCGUGGCUGACUCUGCUCCCUUUGCAGGCUGUGGAUGACUUGCUACGCUGUGGGAUUUGCUUUGAUUACUUCAACAUCGCCAUGAUCAUCCCUCAGUGCUCCCACAACUAUUGUUCCCUCUGUAUCCGCAAGUUUCUGUCCUACAAAACUCAGUGUCCAACAUGCUGUGUGGCAGUGUCGGAAUCUGACCUGAAAAACAACAGGACCUUAGAUGAGAUAGUGAAGAGCUUCAGUUCUGCAAGACAGCAGCUGUUGCAGUUGGUCCUGGAUGCUCCACCGAGUCCCUCCCCACUGGCCUGCAGCAGGCGUCCAGCUGCCCACAGCCACAUCAGCACUCCUGUUUCCCAGCCAGACCCCAAGGAGGUGCCAGGGAUUGACAGCUUCUUGAGGAAGGGAAAAGCCUGCACCUCCACAAAGGCAGAUGGCCUGGCAGGGACUGAUGAGAAGAGUUUCAAAACUGAGGGACAGCUUGACCUUCACAGCACUUCUGCAGAACUUGGUGGUGAAGACGAUGAAGUACGAUCACAGCAGAGUCCUGAGUGCACCAAGAAUCAUGAGCAGCCUUCUACAUCAGUGGUGAAAGGAGUCAAGAAAGUGGAGUGUCCUGUUUGUGAGGUUGCCAUUGCAGAGCAAUAUAUAAACAAACAUCUGGAUAGCUGCUUGACCAGGGAUGAGAAGAAGGACAGCCUCAGAAGCUCUGGUCACAAAAGGAAGCCCAUGUCGAAGGUUGUUUAUAACCUGCUGUCGGAUCGGGAUCUGAGGAAGAAGCUCAAGGAACAUGGUCUGUCUACCUCUGGGAGUCGCCAGCAGCUCAUUAAGAGGCACCAGGAGUUUGUGCAUGCUUACAAUGCUCAGUGUGAUUCCCUGAAUCCCAAGUCAGUUGCAGAGGUUGUUAAAGAGUUGGAAAAGAAUGAGAAGAUUCGGGUUCAGCUCGAGUGUAAUAAACCUGCUGAAAAUAGCUUGACCUUCACAAAGGACCAGACAGAGGAAGAAAUAGACAAGAUCCACACUGAGUAUCGGAACAAACACAGAAGUGAAUUCAAAUUCCUGGUGGAUCAAGUAAAUAAGAGGUGGAAGAAAGGAAGUAAGGGGAAACCAGAGAGUGUUCGAAGCAACGAAGGAGUUGAUGUCAAAGAGAUCCCUGCAGCCACAGAACCUGGGGAAGAGCAUCACUCGGCUGUCAUCCUUGGACAAGCCCAGGAACUCCAAGCAGAAACUCCCGAUGGCCAGAGAGGUGAAUCUCAUUGUUUGGUGGAAAUCCAGAGCUCUAAUUCAGACAUUUUGAGAGAGACAGAAGGGUCUGAGACGUGUUCAAUGUCCUCUGACAG